AUGGAGUUUAAAGAGGCACUCAUGGCACUCACGCAGCAACAACAAUUGUUCAUGCAACAGCAGCAGCAGCAACAAGUACUCUUGCAGCAGCAAAUGAAGCAACAACAGGAUUUUAUGAAUCACAUGUCUACGAUGUGGACUAAGUCAACGGAUUCUUCGCAGAGGAAUGCAAAAAUGGAAUCAUUAGCAAAUUCCAUGACCGAAUUCAUUUACGAUCCAGAAAAUAAUUUGACUUUCGAUGUGUGGUAUGUAAGAUAUCAAGGUCUAUUUCAAGAGGACGCACAGGAUUUAGACGACGCAUUCAAGGUCAGACUUCUAUUACGAAAAAUAAAUACAAUUUCGCAUAAACAGUAUGUUGAUUACAUUCUGCCAAAGAUAUACAAAGACUUUGAUUUCCAAACCACAGUGAGCAAACUCACACAAUUAUUCGGAAAAAAAAGUUCUCUUUUUCAUCAGCGAUAUGAUUGCAUGAAUACGACAAAAUCACCAAAUCAAGAUUUCGUUUCACUUGCAGCGCUAGUAAACAAACGUUGCGAGGAAUUCAAAAUUUCUACAAUCACUGCCGAUCAAUUUAAAUGCCUUAUUUUUGCAUGUGCUUUAAGAUCGCCUGCGGAAGCCGAUAUACGAACAAAACUUCUCAACUUAAUCGAUACAAAGUCAGAUACACUUACAAUUGACGAUCUUACAAGAGAAUGUCAGCGAUUAAUCAAUCUCAAGCAUGACACAUCAGUGAUUCAAAACCAAAAAUCGACAGAGUCCAAUGCCGUAGCGAUUGUCAAAACUGAUAAACAACGUAAACCGCAGGUGACAAACUCAAAUAAAUCAAGGAAUCUGCAAGGUAAGAAACAAAUCAAAAAUUCUUUACCUAACAAAGAUUCAACACCUUCAACACCGUGUUGGUUUUGCGGACAAUUGCAUUAUUCUAAGUUUUGUACUUUCAAAAAUCAUAAAUGUCAAAAAUGUAAUACUGUCGGUCACAAAGACGGAUAUUACGCUUCAACUCAGAGAGUCAAAACGAAAACAAAUAACGAAACGGCAAAUCAAAACAUCAAGACGAUUAAGGUCAAUCAAGUAAAUUCAAAUCUUACUCGCAAAUUUGUGAAUAUUUCGAUAAAUAAUCAACCAAUUAAACUUCAACUUGAUACGGGAUCAGAUAUUACCAUUAUAUCAGAAAAGAUUUGGUCUUUGUUGGGAAAGCCUACAGGUUGUUCAACGUCUCAUGUUGCACGUGACGCGUCGGGAAAUCAGAUCAAUUUCAAUCAAGAAAUUUAUUGUGAAGUAACCUUGAACGGAGUUAUCAAACAACUACGAUGUUUCGUAACAGCAAAUUCGGAUCUCAACAUCAUGGGUCUCGAUUGGAUCGCAGCUUUCGAUUUAUGGCAAUGCAGUCUCAAUAGCUUCUGUUCCAAGAUCCAUUCUCAAGCAGAUUCGACGCACUUUGAUAUAUCCUGCAUUAAAGAAAAUUUUAAAGAGGUUUUUUCCUCUCAAUUAGGUCGUUGCACAAAGACUAAAGUCAAACUGAAUUUAAAAAAUAAUUCAAAACCUAUUUUCAGACCUAAGAGACCGGUUGCUUACGCAAUUUUACCUUUAGUCGACGCAGAGCUUACAAGACUGGAACAAAAUGGAAUCAUUUCACCAAUCAAGUAUUCAGACUGGGCAUCCAAUAGUUGUAGUAAGAAAAAAAAAUAG